AUGGUGUGGAGAGCGCCGCUGCGAGUUGGGACGCGGUCCGUGAUAUUGCUCGGCCGCACUAUUUGUGGCCUGCUCGACGUAGGCCAUGGUAUCGCCAAUGUCAUCGUGCGCCUGUCACUGACGCUGUUUUGUUUGGGACUUGUUCUGCAGGCCUUAUCAAACGCCGCCGAUCCGUACAGGUGCCGGGCUCUCAUACGGCACGGCUCCUGGCCACCAUACGCACCUCCAAAGGUCAAUGCCGCCGCAGACUAUGAGCAGCUCGAGACACUCCAGCGUGAGGGCCGCGAGCCGCCUCCGGCACGGCCGUUUGACAAGUGGGAGCCGGCCGGCUGCCGCAUGCACGAGUAUUCGCGAGAAGACAUCCGUGAGUGUUUGGGUGGCAAGCGCGUGCUCUUUGUCGGCGACACGACCAUGCGUGUGCUCUUCUUUGCCGCAUUGACCCGGCUCGAGCACGAGGUGGCCGAAUGGCUUCUGCGAACGACGUUCACCGAGAGCAACCCCCGACAUGACCUGGCCAUUGACUCGGAAACGGUCCACCUGCAUUUUAUUUGGGACCCGUGGCUGAACUCGACGGCGCUUGACGACGAGAUCCGUAUGAUGGAGCCCGGCGGCGACAAGCACGCUGGCACGGAAUUGAAGCCAGAUUUGGUCAUCAUAGGAUCGGUCGGACUCUGGGCUGCACGUAAUGCAGCGGACGACAAAUAUUUCGACACCUUUUGCACAGCAACCGAUCGAGUGACCCGUGUCAUGGGUGACGAGGUGCGUCCUUUUGACGGACAACACUCUGCAAAUUACGUCUUUCUCGCGCCGGUCACGAUCCCCCGGUACGAGAUGCUUCUGCCUGGACGUGCCGAAGCGAUUUCGCCGGAUCGGAUCAAGCGCAUGAACAACUACCUCGCAAAUGUGUCACCCGCCGUACAGUCCCACAUUCUGACCUCUUACAACGAUAUGACCAACCACAUUCCCGAAGCCUAUGAGGACACGGGCUUGCAUGUCACUGCUACUGGGCCGAGCAUCAACGGAGUCAGACUCUUCGAUGGUCGAGCCCGAGCCAACUCGACGAACAGCACCAACCCCAACUUCGGUACCUCGUUGCCAGACGAUGUACGUGUCCGAAACUCUGUUAGCCAGGACGCGGGGUGGUUGGACCGGGUCUUGAUUGCCGUUCUGUACCGGGAUGAAUUUACUGCUCCUAUCCAGACUAUGAUUGUCAUAUUCAGCUCCGUCUUCUUUUUCGGGUUUGCCAGCGCUACAUCCAUGUCGCCGCUUGUUGAAGACGACACAUCGCAUCCCUACAUAACGAGUGUUGCGGUUGCCUGUUUCGCCGUUGUGCGGAACUGCCACAGCCAGCUGCGUGCAAGAUACAUGAUGUUGCCAGCAGCGUUGGGCACCAUGGCUCUUGAACUAUUUGUCUUGCACAACCACAUCCUCCUGUCUGGAAAUGGGACCGGCCACCUCCGACUCCUGUCCCUGUAUCCAUCCGCCGUUGAAGAAGGCGCUUCUUUCCUGGAGAACGUCUCCAGAGCCAAGAUUGCGACCGUACAUUGCCUCGAGAUUGUUAGCAUCACCGUUGUUUUCUUACUUGUCGCUCGACACACAUACAAGUCUACCCGCUUUCUAAGUCUACUACUGUUCGGAGACCGUGUUGCGGAGUAUGGGGGACAUUCGCCCUUACCUGCAAGCAUAAGAGGCCCCGUCAUCGGUAUCGACGCCAGUUUAGCCGCUUUUGAUUCUGGACACUAUGAGCUCCCAGAGUAUGGCGAUGAUGACUCUUUGACGGCCGCCAAGGAGCCGCCGGCCAUACACCUGAGUCCAACAAACUUGGGUGUUCAAAUCCGGGCAGCGAGUGUACUACUUUUGCUAUGGGGCUUCAACAAGUUCUAUCUAUGA